CCAAAGCAACCAUGCCACGCCCGCCAGAUUCGGUGUGGGCGCAUUUUCGUCGCGAUGACACGCAGAGGCGAGCCAUCUGCAAGUUCUGCCACCACAACAUGGUCGGUCUAGUCAACCGCAUGCGUGUGCACCUGGGCAAGCGAUGUCCCGACUGUCCUCCUUCUGUCCGCCUCGAGAUGCUCUCCAUGGACUCGGACGGGGCGAAAAAGGCGGCGGUCAUGGCCAACGGCGGCGGAGGGGCAACGUUUCUGGCAUCGCUCGACCCCACAUCGUCGUAUAAGCUCCACUCGUCAUCCACAAUGAUGAAUGACAGUGCCAAGUCGAAGAAGCGGAAAGGGGUGUUCCCAGAACAUGGCAACAGUGUCUUAUCUCCAUUGGACAAGCAAGACGUUCAAAGCCUCGUAGCUAGGGCCAUCUUCGGCGCGGGCCUUGCCGUGUCGGUGAUUGAAGAUCCAUCGUUCGCCCGUCUCAUCAAGCGUGUGGCGCCGUCGAUCCCACUUUCGACCUCAUUGACGUUGACCCAGCUGGACGCCGAGUUCCACGACCUGCAAGCCCAAGUCCUCUCCGACCUAAACGACAUGGCGUCCGUGUGCGUGGGCAUCGAGAGCUGGUCGUUCCUCCACAAUCGCUCCGUGCUGUCAUGCAUGGUAUACACGCCGCAACCGGCGAUGUUUUGCCUUGACGCCACGCGAGAGUACGCGCACACGACCACGACAUUGUUCCAGCGCAUGGAAUCGUUCGUGCUAUCGAUCGGCCUCGACAAAGUGUCGACGGUCGUCUCGGAUGUCGUCACUAGUCCCAACAUGAAGGACGCCACCGACCUCCUCCUCACCAAGUACCCCCAUCUGACCGUCCUGCCGUCCUGCGCCCACGCAUUUGAUGCCAUGAUGACGGAGCUGCUGGAGCUUCCCGUCUUCCACAGCCUCUACACUGUCUGCACUCGAGUGUCUGCGUACUUUAGCCGCAACCAUCUCCACAAGGCUCGGUUUGCCCGCGUCGCCCACGAACUCAACAUCGAAGACCCAGCCAAUGCGACCCAGCAUGCUGCUGCUGCUUCGGGUACCACCACCGCCACCACCAGCAGCUCGUGUUUCUUUGGGCUUGUGGACAUCCCGGAUGGACACUCGAAACCGCCGCCGACGUCCAUAUUGGCCUGCCUCUGGGCCAUGGAACGGUACCGCCACGUGUUCGAUGUGCUAUUAGCCGAAGACUUUGGAGCGCUCGACUCACUCGACUUGUCGCUGAGGGACCAGCUGAGCAACCUCGCGUGGUGGAGCUCGGUGGUGCAGUUCAAGACGAUGUUUGCGCCGUUUGUAGACGUGUUAGAGACGCUCGAAAGCGGCGAUUUUACGUCGCUGGCCACGUUUUACCACAAGUUUACGCUGUUGUGGACCCACCUCCAGUCGUUUCCGGUCCAACUGUCCCCGGACGUGACGCGCAUCGUGUCGAAACACUGGGCCACGAUGCGCCACCCCGCCAUGUACACGGCGUACCUGCUGGACCCGCGGUUUUCUCCAUCUUCGCUAGGCAACGACGAAAUGAACGAGGCACUUACGUUCCUCAAGCACCUGUCGUCCCCCGCUCUCUUUGCCAACUUGAUUUCAGAGCUCACGCGGUACACCGGCCGUUGUGCCGGCGUGUUUGCCGACGACGCCGUGUGGGAAUCAGCCAAGCAGGGCUCGCCGCUGCAGUGGUGGAAGGGCUUUCUCGGCAGUUCGUGUCCCCACCUCCAGACAGUGGCCCUUCGCGUGCUCUGCUUCCCCGCGUCGGCCGGCAUUUCCAGAGCCAAACGAGCCAAAGUUGAUGCCAUGCAAAUAGCCAACGACAAGAUCCUCAACGAAGACCAAGCCAUGAAAGCGGCGUAUGUGUACCUCAACUUGAACCUGUCCACAACCUCGUCGGACGAUCUUGGGGCAAAUGGUGCCAACAAGUUGGGGACAUCCAACGGGGCUAGCCUGUGCAUUUGAUCUUGCAGUGGCAUACGAUAGUUGGCCGGGUUCUGGCUGAAAGUACUAGCCCAGGUUCCAGAGAUGAGCACAUUUCCACCGGGCCGUUCUGAUAGUUGGAUGAGAUGGCCAAGGUGAUAGAUAUUCCAGUAGGAUGUUUGUGUGUUUGUGUACGGGGGUACUGGAAGGAACAACGACGGACAUCCACAAUAACGUUACUACUAAUAGUAUGGGCGCAGUUCCGUGA